UAUUGUGCUGUCAUAUGACGUAUGACGCAUGUAUGACGCAUUCUCACUGAGUUUGGUGUAAUUUCUAUCGGUCUAUCUUAUUAAUUCCGUGGAAGAUCGCGUAUUUUGUGAGUAAUUAUUAAGUGUAAUAGAACUAAAACGUUGUACAGACAUCUUGGAAGUGUUGCACAACUUUUAGAACAUCGAGAAGCAGCGUUGACAAAAUGGCAUCACCCAUUUACAAUCCGAUUGUACCAUGUGUGCACCCCAUCCCCGGUGGAGUGUACCCCGGUCGCAUGAUCAGGGUGCAGGGGAAUCUACCUCCAGGCGCUCAGAGGUUCGCCAUCAACUUCCAAUGCGGGCCCAAUACCGACCCCAGGGACGACAUCGCAAUGCACCUCAACUUCAGAUUCGUGGAGAUGUGUGUUGUACGGAACCAUCUGACCGCUAUGGACUGGGGAGUCGAGGAGACUGCUGGGGGUAUGCCCCUUCAAAGGGGAGAAGCGUUCGAGGCACUGAUACUGUGCGAGCCGCAAUCAUUCAAAGUGGCGCUGAACGGCGUCCAUUUCUGCGAGUUCCUGCACCGCGUUCCGUUCCAGCGCAUCUCUCACAUCACCGUCGACGGGGACGUACACAUCCAGUUCAUAGGCUUCGAGGGGGCACAGCCUCCCCCCCAGCAGAUGUAUAUGGUAAACCAAUACCAAACUACACCUUACAGGUCUGAACCACCAUCUUAUGGAGCUUAUGGCGCUCCACCCCCCGCCUACGGAGCACCCGGCUACGGUGGUGCCCCACAAGGUUUCGUCCCCGGCGGGGCUGCAGUUCCUGUUGGUGGCUACCAAACCUCAUACGCCGGGCAGCCCCAACGUAGAGGAUUGGGUACUGGGGCAGCAGUUGGGAUGGGAGUGGGCGCCUUGGCCGCGGGGGGGCUCGCGGGGUACGCGCUGGGAGGGGGCUUCAGUAGCAAUAACGACACAUCAGAGACCGCUCCUCCUGCUACCCAACCAAGCCCAGAGGGUCCUAACCCGUCUGUAUCACAAGAACCCCAUUCGUCUCAGCCCCAACCCAUGCAAGCUAAUCAAGAACCCCUACUAUCUCCGCCACAACCUGUCCCGGCUAAUCGAGAAGAACACAUUCCAACCCCGGCUAAUCGAGAAGAACACAUUCCAACCCCACCACAACCCGAUGUUGAGUUUGAAUCACAAGAUGAAAGUGAAAAUAGCGAAGAUGAUUCAGACAUGGUGUACGGAGGCAGUGAUAUCCCGGCUAACAUGGAAGAACUUAGCCUAGAACAGCCAACUACGGAUAACGACUAUUUGGAGAACGCAACCAACGAAGAGAAACUGGAACAAGGCGAUAAUGAAAUUGUAGCCAACUCAGAAGAAGAAAAUGCAGAAGAGCAGCCAACAGAAGAUGACUAUUAUUUGGAAGAUACAGAAAAUCAAGAAGUGAGUUGGAAUAGACUAAUAGAGUUGAUAAUUUACUAUUGAACGACCAUUUGAGAACACCAAGGAUGUUAGAAAGUCAUUGAGUGCUCGAUAUGUCCUUGUGUUUUUUUCUGUCACUUGUGUGUGCUUAUUUGCUUCUUUCAAAUAUUUUUACUUGAUAUCCUUACCCCCAUAGUUUUUACCAAUAACUUGCUAAAUUAAGGGAUAAUACAAUAUAAUGAAUUUGAAUUUACACGCAUACACAUUAAGGUGGAACAAGGAGAGAAAGAAGUUGUGGCCAAUACGGAAGAAGAAAAUGCAGAAGAGCAGCCAACCGAAGAUGACGAUUAUUUGGAAAAUACAGAAAAUCAAGAUGUGGAUGAACGGGAGAACGAAAUCCCAGCCUAUACGGAAGAGGAAGCGGCUCCAGCUGAAGAUGACGACUAUUUGGAAAAUGAUGAUGAAUAAAUAAGUACACGUGGUAGACAGUUCGUUUGGCGACGAUUGGAUGGAGUGAACCCUGCACUGCUCAGUAUUGUAAUUGCCAUAUAGUUAGUAUCAACGUUGGGGCUUAAUUCUGACACGAUUCUCUAAAAUUGAAAUAGAUUUAGACAACAGAGGUAUUUAGACAACAGAUUGAAAUAAAUUUAGACAACAGAGGUCCUUUCCAUUCGGUAUAUAGCAUGACAAGGAUACAAUGGACGGAUUAACUACAACUUUUUUUUAAAUCUAAAGGCUGGGCUAUUGUAAUGAACAGUAAGGAAUUCAUAUUUUUAGUUUUGUGCAUUAACAAAAAGUAUACAUCUUUUUUGUUAUUAAUUUGUAUUUUUUUAAAAGCCCCCUUUUAUUUCACUUAAUAUAUACAGUUUAAACAUUAAAAUUGUGAUAAUUUUUAAUUGCAAGUUUAUUUGUUAUGAAACAUUUAGAACAAUAGAAAAGGGUUUCUUUAAUCGUUUAGUAAACAUAUCUAAUAAUAUUAUGUUUGCCUUGUAACUUUGUAGAAAUAAAAAAAUAUCAUAUACCUUCAUAUAUUUUUAAAAUAUACGGUUCCUUUAUCAUUAAAACCACAUAUGAAAGUACUUCAAAAACAAAAUUAUUUUUAGCCCAAAAAUAAUAUGUCCUUUUGUUUUCAUCUCUGUUUUGGGAUAAUACAUACAUUGUCAAAUUUAAUUGUAGGUUUAGAGAAUCAUGCCAGAAUUGGUACAAUUACAUAUUUAACAAAUCUAAAUAUUAUAAUUUAUAUUUUUUAUGCAUGUAACUGAUCUAUGUUUUAAAUCUAAAGAAAUUAAAGGGCCACGGUAGCAUAAUGGUCAGAGCAUUCGCCUCGAUAGCGAAGGGUGCGGUUCGAGUCCCAAUCUGCUGCCUGGUCCAUGUGGAAUUUUCUCCAGUAACAUUUUCUUUAGAUUUAAAAAAUCAAAACGUUAAGAACGUGCAGCUCACCUAAGCAAAUGUAUUUUGGAUCGCAUGUUCGCCGAGUCAUAUUAUCUUUCUUAUCAACUUAUUCUACAUUAAUUUCAAUAACACGCAUUUUAUAAUUUGAAGUAUAUUAAUGGCUGAAAUUCGAAAAGGCGUACGCUGAAAUAAUUAGUAAUUCUUAAAAUCUUGCUGACAGCAAAUUAAGAAAAAUAACUAACUUUCUGUGCAAAUAACCAACAGUUUAAAUCGUAAAUUGAAUUUAAGAGAAUUAUAAUUAAUGUAUAUUAUAUUAUUUCUUAAUUUUUUUAAUGAUUACGAUUAGAUUAAACAUCAGCAUCUGGCUUAAAGCAUCUUUCAAUCAGAAUAGGGAAGAUGACUAAUUUUUUUUCUUCGUUUAUCAGGUAGAUUAUCAAAAAGUAUUGGACACGUAUUUUUUCUUUUUUUCACAUAAUAUAAACAUUAAUGUGAAAUUUGAAAAGUCGCAUGACGUCACGUUUUGGUACACUUUUAAAGUGAAAAUUCACUAAAAAGUGACGUCACGAGCCCCUAACUUUGACGCGCUAUAACUUUGUCAUUUUUUAGUUGAUUGCCCAAAGAAAAAAUACGUGUCCAUUAUUUUUUGAUCAUCUAACUGAUGAACUAAAUAGAAUUUCUUUUAUUGUACCCCGUCAUCACCCCUAUUGGAUUGUAAUGUAGAUUCUAGAUGAUAGCGACCAAAUUAACAUUUAUUGAUUAAAUUAAAAAAAUGCAAUUUUGCAAGGGACUUGACUCUGGGCAAAAAAUCUUCUAAGCAGUACUUUCUCCUUUAACGAUAUUAGCUGUUGAAAACAUCAAGAUGCCUUGUAUUUUGUUCUAAAGUUAGAAUUAAGAAAACCCAUGUAAGUUAAACCUAUUAUAGCGUAUAUUAAAAAUUGUAUAAUAACGAAAAAUGAUAAUAAAAAUUAGCAUUAAAAAUAAAGUACUUGUAUAUAAAAUAUACCUUCUAUACGCAAAAUUUUAAUUUGAAAGCACAAUGCCCAAAAUAGGCUCGGGCGUGGACAAGGUGUUUGGCCAACAAGCAUUUUACAAUAUUAUUUUAUUUAUUUUUAACGAAUUUCUGUAACCGUAAGAAAGUAUAAAGUUUUAUUAACUAUACAAUAAAAUUGAUUGAAAAUAAUACAAACACUUCCUCCUUUUUGUUUAUUUCUAUUUAAUGUCACAUGAAUGAAAUUGGCUGUGAUCGGCUGAAUUUACGUUAGCACCACGUCAUGACAGCGAAAACGGCUGGGAUUGACUCGGUCGAGAUGUCAUUUGCAGACAAGCUGUCAAAAGAACAUUAGGUUUUUUUGUUUAAAUUUUGGUAAUAUGAUCAUGACAUCGCUACUGAUGUUCAUUCUCGAUUUUAUUGAAUUGUGAAACAGAUAAUGUCUACGUAGUGUCUAGACAUCGUAUUGGUAAUAUAUGACUUCGAUGUUUUUUUGCUUAAAUUACCUAUUUUAUUCGCGGUCCUAAAAUGUAUUUUAAAGUAUACUGAUACAAAGUUAUAAUUAUUUUAAGGUUCUGGGUAGUUUAAGCUUCUUGCAAUAUAAAAUUUACUUUUAUGCUAGCGCGGCCCUGAUGGCGUGUCGAAUUUUCUCAAGCCUUUCUUAGGCUGCAAGACAGCGCCUUCAGCUGUAGAUUUUUACUAGCAAUUUUUUUUACAUUUAAACAUCUUGCAAUUAAAAAAAUAUAAAGCUUUACUUGUUAAAACGUCUGUCCAUGUUAAGCCAGACUAAGUGGGCAUUGCCCUUUAAUUCAUAUUAUUGAUUGGAUAUAAUCAUGGCAUCUAAAACACUUAACAUACAUAAUAAAAACUGUAGCACGAACCAAUAUCGAAUUCGUAACGUUUGCGAGUCCGAAAUAUCAUUGUCAAAUGUGUACUGAUUUUUAGUUCUCGUUACGUACCUUGUGGCGCUGCUGUUCAAGUUUCCAUACAAAGUUGACAAUGUCUUUUCGGAUUCGCAAACUAUUCGAAUUCGAUAUUGGUUCGUGCUAAGGUUUAUCGAUAGCUCUGUUAAUUAGAUCUGUGUCUGUUUAUUAAAGUCUGUUGCAAUACAAUUUUGAAAGUCUCUUUUUGCUGCGUCUCUUUUAUAAAGACUUAGUAAUUAAAAGCUUUUUACAUAUAUACUAGCUGACCCAGCGAACUUCGUACCGCCCUAAAAAAAUAGGGGUUGUCCAGCGGACAAAAUUGUGAAUCUAAACCAUUCUCAGAUCCCCUUGAACACACACAAAAAAUUUCAUCAAAAUCGGUCCAGUCGUUUAAGAGAAGUUCGUGCCCCGGUCAAUUACGUUAAUUCCUGAUAAUAAUUCGUAGCGUAAUUCCUUAAAAAAAAAAGAAUGUGCUUAUGACCACACGACUGAAGUGAAACUUCUUUAGCUCCAUAUGUAUGUAUGUAUAUAUAUGUGUGUACAAUAUAUACAUGUAUGUACAUAUACAUAUUUCUAUUACUAGCUAUAAAGAAAAAGAGAAAGAAAAUGUGCGCGCGCACUGCUUUCUCUAGCUACUAUCGCCACUUAAGUCCCGUUCGCCUCGACCGAACACACUUUUCGUAACGCGUAACGCAUUCGCCAGCUUACCCCCCAAGUCAAGCGUGCGUAAAGAAGUUUCACUUCAAAAAUAGGCGUAAAGUCUUUUGAAAAUGUGAUUUCGCGCCAUAUACGCAUAUUAUGUAGAAUAGUUAUUACUUACCCUAUCAUUCAUUAUAAAAUUAGUUACUAACAAAAUAUCACACGGUAUCGGAAGAAAUUUUAUUUAAAUUAAGAAAAUAUGAUAAAUACCUUAUUUUUUUUAUUUUUAAGUUAGUAUUUACAAAUAUUAUGAUUAGGCAGCGAACAAAAUUAGUCAUAAAUGUUAUAUUGCAUCAAAAUUUUAUUAACACCUUUUAUAAAUUUAAUAUUUUAAAAAAUAUUGUCCAAAAAAUAUAUAUUGAAAUUGUUGUCUCAUUAACGUGUAGAAUAUAUUAAAUAUAUUAAUAAUGAUUAUAUUGAUUAAUAUAAUUUAUAUUUAAGUUGAAUAAAUCUUAUUACUGAAUUUGUUCUAAUUAAUUGUUUUAACAUAAUUUAUACAGAUUAAUCUAUAUUACCAAAUUCCUAGCUGACCAAAAAUGUACCUAUUCGACAUAUACAUUUCGCACGUCACAAUCAAUAGGGUAUUAAGUCGGCAAAACCAUUUAUUUUUUUAUUUGCGUUUCGGAAACUACAUUUUUUUCUCUAUAAACUGUUAAGAAAAUUGUAUUUUAAUUCGAAAUAGCUUUUGAAUUAUAGCAACACAUGUCGUCAAUUUCUAGGCAAAGUUUAUGAUUGUGAGUAUUCUAAACAGUAUUAAGUUCAGUUAAUACCCUAUUGCCCGUUCGGAUUAAUACAAGUUUGAAGUGUUAUUUAAAAUAAUAUCCUCUGGCCUGUUUUAUUUUAUUUAUUUCAGCGAAAUUAUUUCAAAAUGAUAGUAGUUUUAAUUUUAACAUGAGCCAUAUGAACUGCUUAUAGGCUAUUCUCUUUACCCAGUCACAUAAAAGUACUUUUAAAACAAAAACUAAUAUUGAUACACUAACUAAACUUACUCAACACAAAGAAGGAUAAUGUACGUUCAAAUCAAGGUAUCAUUUUAAACAUUUGAACAAGUAGUUCCGCUUCUAUGAUUUUUUAAAACUUCAAAACGCGAUAUCUCAAAACACUGUUUUUGAAGAUAAUACCCUUUUGUUUGUGACGUGCGAUUUGUUGUUCUGUCACGGUGAAGUUAGCCGUUAGGCUGCGCAUUGAUGAAGUUUAUAAACAUAACAAUGUAUUGCGCAGCCAAAUCACUACCUUCAGACCGGUUGAGAAUAUCGGCCAAUCUAGUCUGUGGUCACACGUUUUUAUUAAACUGCAGGUACCUACAUUAUAAAAAAUAUGUGCGAUUCAAUACCGUGUGUGUAAGCUUUCAAACAUUUUUCAAUAAAGCACUGUGAAUGCGAAAGCCUAAUAAUGCGUACAAAUUUGAACUUUACUACACACACAGUUUUCAAAUAACACAAUGUUUUCACAAUUUAGAUUUUCUAUUUGCACUAAACUCAUUUUAAAAUCACAUAAGAUGGUAAAUAAAUUUAGUAACGAAUGUUUUAGCAAGUGAACACAACUCUGAAACACUUUCCGCCUUAUUCCAAAACGUGGACUAGAGUUAGUCUUAGUUUAAACCUGAUUUUGUCUCUGUCUGCUUUUCAGCAAACAAAUUUGGCAGCAUCAGUUUCAAUCCAGGUUUAAUUUUAAUCUGAGUUUUGUUAUAAGGCGGUUUAUGCAAUGACAAUUGAGGCUGGCGAACAAAAGGGUAUAAUUACGCAUAUAUUUUUGACCAUAUAAUAGUUUAUUUUUAUAGCCUGGAGGUUUUGGGCCAGCUGAAUUUGAAUUUCAACUCAUGUCAAUCAAAACCGUCUAAAUUAUAAUAGGGGAGCCCAAGCGGGGAUUUUUGGAUUUACUCGAGCGCGGCAGAAUAACAUAUGGGGAGCAACCUGGCACCUAGUUAAGUACUACCACCAAACCUGAGCCCUCUAUGUAAGGGCGAACGUCUAGCAGCAAAAACAAAAUUUCAAAGAACGUUCAUGACUUUUGGUCGCGGCCAAAUUGUCAGUCUUUUGAAUAUAAGCUACUAGAGGGUUCAUGUAACGUUUCUAAGAACGGAAAAAAUGUUGUUCUGCCGCGGUUUGCAUGAUAUGGGUAUGUGUGUGGCCGUACGAAUAAAUAAAUAUAGGAAAAAAUAACCGAGCGCGCCAGACGUUCAGAAGGGAUGUUACGUGAACCCUCCAGUAGCUCCUAUUCAAAAAACUGACGUUUUGGACCCGACCAAAAUUCAUGGCCGUUUGUUGAAAUUUUGUUUUUGCUGCCCUAGACGUUCGGCCCUACAUAGAGGGUUCAGGUACAGUGGGAGUACUUAACUACGUGCGAAGUUGCUCCCCAUAUGUUAUUCUGCCGCGCUCGAGUAAAUCCAAAAAUCCCCGCUUGGGCUCCCCUACUAUUAGUGUUAAAAUUACUAACUUAAAAAUCACGCCAAAAGCUCACUGUACGUAUGUCCUUCAGUUUUUUUAAUUUGAUGUUAUUAUACCGUUUUGUUCGCCAGCUACUUACUCAAUUAUAACAACUACACAUCUUUAAACUAGCACACGGCUGGACAGCAGGGCCGUAGUCACAGUUGUAUUUAUGAUAGGGCAGCGGUAAAUACAGGUAGGGCAUUCGCAGCCUACCGCUCCGUACUAAGGUAGGGCAAUGGUAUUUUGCGGUAGGGCAAUGGUAGUUUGCGGUAGGGCAAUGGUAGUUUGCGGUAGGGCAAUGGUAUUUACAAUGCCCCCCCCCCCCCCCCACCCUAGCUAAGAGCAAGCGCACAUUGAGCCACUAUUUUUUAAAUAUAUCGUUUCUAUUAAUUUCUAAAAUGUACCUAAAAGAGUUUUUCAAAAUGAAACUGUCAUAGAACUGUAUCAAUUUACUUUUAAGACAGGUGGAAGUUUAAAUAAAUGUUAUAUUGCAUCAAAAUUUUAUUAACACCUUUCAUAAAUUUAAUAUUUUAAAAAUAUUGUCCAAAAAAUAUAUAUUGAAACUGUUGUCUUAUUAACGUGUAGAAUAUUUAGAUAUAUUAAUAAUUAUUAUAUUGAUUAAUGUAAUUAAUAUUUAAUUUGAAUAAAUCUUAUUAAUUGUUUUAACACUUUUAACAAUUGUUUUUUCAAAAUGAAACUGUCAUAGAACUAUAUCAAUUUACUUUUAAGACAGGACAGGAAAUUUUGUAACUUUUGAAUGCUAACAAAUUGUAGCUAAACAUGAGGCCCCAUUUAUACAUGUAUACCAUGUUUACAAGCAAAUAAAGACAUUAUUAUUAUUACUAAACACGGCCACUAAAGGCUCAGUUAAGGCACUAGACGCAGCCACUAAUCGAAUCAAGAAAAAUCGAUUGGCUGCCACUAGUGGCUUAGUGACGACCACGCACUUGCUCUAAGGCUCUGCAGGAUAGUUUUUUUAAAAUCAACGUAAAAUUUGGAGCCUAUUGUGAUGUUAACAAUAGAUAUGUAGAUUUCAAAUAAAAUAAAUAUUUCCAACAUACAUACACCAAUUAGCCUAUAGUAGAAGAUCCGAACCUACAUCGAUCUUUACCGAGCUGGUAAUAGAAUGAAACAUAUUUUAUCAUGACUUUAGUAUUUUACAAAAUAUAUUACAAUUGGAUUGCCCAAAAAAAUCCUGGACCGAUUAUUUUUAAUUAACCUGUCCAGUCAUUAGUUAGCCCAAUUUAGAUUUAAACAUCUAGCAGUUAAAUGCUUAUAAAAUAAAAUCAAUUAUUUUUAAUGUUAAAAAUAAUAGUUAGAAAAACAAUAUGUUGCAACAUCAAGAUAAUAAGAAAAUGAUGUCUUGCCUUAAAGUAUAAAACGUAUAGAAUAUGCAGCCGUUGGGCAACGUAACUGGCAUCGAAAUACCUGUUUAUACCUGGCAACCCAGUAGUUCACCUAGGUAAAUAAUAGACAACCCAAAAGCUGCACAUUUUAUAUGUUUAUACUGUUUUAAGUACAUCAUUUUCUUAUUAUCUUGAUGUUGCAACAUUAAAUUCAAUUUUUUUUUUAAAUUAAUUAAAAAUCAUCUGUCUAGGAUUUUUUUACAACCCAUUUUUAAUAUAUUUUGUAAUAUACUAAAUUCGUAAUAAAAAUUUUUCAUCAUCCUAUUUUAUCAGCUAGGUGAAGGUCGAUGUAGGUUCGGAUCUUAGGCCACUAGCCCCAAAGUAAGCACUGUAGGCUUAUGUUAUACUAGGGUGACAGAUAGAAUAUAUAUAGUGAUACAUAUAUAAGUAUUCUUUUUAUGUAUUUUUUUUUGUAAAUUUAAAAUAAAUAAAUCUUAUGUCUUGUCGUCCGCCGGUGUGUACUGGCCGUUAGGUAAUAUGGAAAAACCACAGACAUAUAACUAGUAGCAGACGGAAUAUUCAGUUUUAAACAGCGUGGUAAAUACACACACAUUGAAACUCACCAAAGCAUGGGCCGCAUUUAGUAUAGUAGAAUAAUGGAUUUCAUUAUUGUUUCCUGAAAUACCUAUCCGAAUAGAUAGGUCCUAAUGUGAUCUCCAUGCUAAUAAUAUUAUAAAUGUAAAAAUCUGUCUGUUUAAUAUCUUCAUGGCGAAUUUAACCAGGCGAAAUCGCUGAACCGAUAAUGAUGAAAUUAAGCACAGAGAUAGAAUUAACCCAGGGAAAAGACAUAGGUAUAAUUAGGAAAAAAGAAAUAAAAAUUUAAGGCAUAUUUUUUAUCUAUUUAUUUUGAAAUAAUACAAGUUUUUUUGGAAAAUUUCUCUGAGAUACAUUUGUUUCUUUACAUUGAUGUUUACAUCUAAGAUCAAAAUAAAAUUUGACAACAAUUUUAAUAAGCAAGUGGACAUGGUUUAUUUCAUGAUCUGCAUUGUUCGAGUCAAAUAUUGAAUAAUCGACAUAAUCACAUAUAAAUUUAAUCAAACUAUUAAAAUCAUUACUUUUGUUUAUUUUAAAACAAAAAACACUUAAAACACUAUAAGUAUUUGGUUGCCAAUCCUGACGUUUCAUAUAUUUUAUUUAACCAUGCAUUCCGAGUACUUUCAUCCUUUGGAAACCUAGAACAAAAUUGUUUAUGUGGUUAUUUGUGUUAUAUACCUACCGAUGCCAAUGUUCCAAGAAAUAUGAAUAGCUAGUCUGUAAUAGGUACCUAUCUAUUUACGUUCUUAAUUGCAUUCUCAUUCAAAAUAAUAUGCAAUGCAAACAAAAUUAAUGUCGAGAAACUUUUUGUCUUUGAUACCGAGUCCGUCCUCUGUUAAGGCAACAGUACUUCAGUUGUCAGAAUUGGAAUUUCCUAUCAUGAUUUAUCCUGAUUACUUCUAUUUCUUUAUUUUUAGGUUAUUAGUUUUCACCGGUAGUAUCUUUGAUAAAUAAUCCUACGUAAAAAAUGUUACAUGUUACGAUAAUAUUUAAAUAAGCUUCGAAAAGACUCAAAGACAUUUCAGUACACAAAAAGACACAUAAAAACUUGGGUGAAGCCAAACGAGCGUAAUUUUGUGAGUUGUGAGUCGCUUAUUUUUGGUCACUUAUUUUACGUUCAACUGAAUUUCUGUUGAGCUGCCAUACGAACGUAAUUUAUUCAGUUACUAUUGAGCGUUAGUACGGGGUGUUCGUGUCGUCGAGUGCAAUGGAUCCAUUAAAAAUAUUGUGUAUUUACGAAGCAUAUUCAGAAGAUGUGGCCAGAAAAAGAAACUGGGUAAACCCACUGAAUAGUCAGAGGCUGAUAUGUGGACAAUUCCAUACUUUAUAUGAACGUUUAUGUGCAAAUCCAGAUAUGUUUGAAAAGUACUAUCAUAUGCCAUUACGUGUUUUACAAGAAUUAUUACACCACGCAACUUGUAACAAACUGUUGCUUCCCCACUCUCCUUCCUUGCCCUACCCUCACCCCGACCGAAAUUCGGACGAGCUUAUGCACAUUGAGUCGGCAGACAACUCAUUUUGCGUUGUCGUGUGGCACCAACUGCCUUUUGGUAUGAAACCGAAUGCAGCAGAAUUUCUGUGACCGAAAUUCUGCGACUCACCACUCACAAAAUUACGCUCGUUUGGCCUCACCCUUACUGAUGAAACGUUAAUCAUGGUGUUCUAUUGUAGGUAGCACUUUUACAUCGAUACGCACUAUACUUGACCAUAGUAAUUAAAUAAUCUCGUUUUGUAAUAUAGUUUCAUCAAAGCAAUAUUCUUAAUAAACACCGAAAAGUCGCAUGUCCGAUAAGUCAUGAAUAAAAUGGCGGCGAGAAAUAAAAAUUACACGCGUUGUUGACAUUUGUUGAUGUGUGAGUUAGUAUUGCAAUAGAUGGAAGAAUGAGAUGCCACUAUCGAGUUGUAGCUGAGUACAAAAAGGAUAAAAGAUCAUGUUUUGAUUUCUUAAUUAUAACUAGGUUUUAUGUUCCGUCUGCUAUAGUAUUAUAUGUCUGUGGGAAAAACUCAGUUUUUUUUUAUUGAACUGAAUAAAUUUCAUGUAAGUAAUUUAAUGAUGGUAGCACUGAAGUUACAGUAGAUAUCUUUUCGGAACCACUCUGUGUGCUUUUGUUUGAAUGCACGGUACACUGUUGUGUGUAAUCUGUAAUUAUUAAUCUAUAAUAUGUUUGUAUUUAUGUUGAAAAUAAAACGAAACUCACUGAUUGA